AUGUUCGAACGCUAAUGGAUGAAUUCCCUUACUUGACUCUUUAUCAGAGUUUGUAUGGACACGUUUUUUAUAUACAUCCAUAUCGUCAGAAUUUGAAAGAGAUAUUUGGAUGCUUCGACGUUGGUGGUUGUGGUGGACAUAAUCGGCAAAAAGACUGUUUUUGAUCGGAGGGUUACAUGUGCUUGCGUCACAAGUUACCAUAGGUUUAAUCAUCAUGACGGCCGAGGUUCACGACGGGGUGAUCGGAAAAAGAUACGGUUACGAGGUUGUGGUUUUGGUGUGUGUUUACGUGGCGGGGUUAGGUUGGUCGUGGUGGGGUCGACCAGGGUGGGCGGCUCUGGAGAUAAGAUCGGCGACACAGAGCGUGACGGUGGCAGUGAGUUUUGUGUUUACAUUAGCGGUGGCUCAAAGCGUACCACCGUCCACCGAUGUUAUGCAAGUGCCGAGCUGGGAUUUUCUUCUUUUAUGGAGGAUGGGUGGCGUUAAAGGAGAAAGAUCGGAGAAGCAAUUAAAGUUAGGAGGAAGAGAAGAGAAAAUGGCAGCAUUGACCCUUCAUCACUCGUGUUUUCAAGCUUCUGGACAUCUAUCACGUCGUCUAUACCACCCAAGAUUCUCGAAUUUUCCACGAAAUCCCGUAAAAAAUCUCAUCUUUCGUCUAAGUCCUGCUGAGUUCUCGAGUUUUUCGUUGUCUACACGUGGCGCUGCGGCUGUUGUAAGAGCUCUGUGUACAGUCGCGACAGAGGAAUCGCCGGAGAAGAAAAUGGUGAAAGGCGACCUAAUAAACGUUAAUUGCAUCCGAUGGAGUAUUAUUCUUGGUUUUAGUGAUAGUGUAGCACCCAUCAGAGUCGAAAUUGAUGGUUAUUUACUGAAAUUAUUGAUGAGAAGCAAUGUGGGACUAGACGGGGAAGUGGUUGGAGUGAAAGUGAAGGGACAUACAACGGCUUGGAUCCCAAUGGCUAGAAACUGGGGACAGAACUGGCACGCCUCACUUGAUCUCAUAGGACAGUCUCCCUCUUUUGAGGUUACUCUCAGAAGCGGUAAAACAAUUACCUCUUACAACGUGGCUCCCCCGUAUUGGCGCUUAGGAAUGACUUACCAAGGAAAGCAGUUCCACUCCUGACUUUCCUUUCUUUUCCUUUUUGCUUUCGGUCAUGAUUGAUUUGUCUCACUUUCGGUGGUCUAAACCAAGUUUUGUGCCUUUAUUGUGACUUUGGAAACACUUCAGUUCAAGGUCUGGUCUGGCCCCAUCUUUCUCUUUUC